AUGGGCUCAAUCGGCGCCAUGAGCGAACAGAAUACUGCUCCCUUGUCGGAUUGGCAGAGUAAGGUCGCUCAAAAGCGACAGCAGUGUCUGGAAGCCAUUCCGCGAGAAUGGCAGCUUCCUUCUGAUAUCUCCAAGUUGCUGGCUUUUCCGCUGGAGAAGAAUUUAAACAGACUCCUCAGCAUGGACAUAGUCAGGAAGUCGGGGAUCUUGUCCGAGCGUGAGAUAUCAAUCACCGAAGACUACACGGUGCCGCAAUUGCUGGCCAAGCUGGCCUCGGGAGAGUUCACUUCUGUCGAAGUUACAACGGCAUUUUCGAAGAGGGCUGCAAUAGCGCAACAACUGACCUCGUGUCUGACCGAGACCUUCUUCGACAGCGCACUCCAGCGGGCAAAGUAUGUCGACCAAUGCCGGAGCGAAGGGAAGGUGCUUGGGCCCUUGCACGGCCUUCCCAUCAGCGUCAAGGAUUCCUUCCAGACAGUUGGCACUGAGGCUUCAAUCGGGUUUGUCUCGUUUCUUGGGAAGAAAUCCAAAGAGAACUCUCCACUUGUCGACAUUCUCCUCAAUCUGGGAGCUGUACUCUAUGUGAAAACCAAUAUCCCUCAAACCCUGAUGACGGCAGACUCUGAUAACAAUAUCUUUGGCCGAGCUUUGAACCCACAGAACACGGCACUAAACGCCGGAGGUUCCAGCGGAGGAGAAGGUGCUUUGGUUGCCUUUCGAGGGUCGCCGCUCGGUAUUGGAACUGAUGUCGCUGGUUCAAUACGCAUUCCAGCGUUGUGCUGCGGUACCUAUGGCUUCAAACCAACAUCUUCGCGGAUUCCAUAUGGGGGUCAAGCGACACCCGGGUUGCCUGGGUGGAAGCCCAUACUCGCCUGUGCAGGACCUCUUGCGAAUGAUUUUGAAGCCUUGGAGGUUUUGACCAAAUCAGUCAUAGACUCAGUGCCUGCCACACUUGACUCGACCGCCAUCGACGUGCCAUGGCGUCAGCUUGAGCAAAAGGCUGAGACGAAGCUCAGGAUCGGAGUCCUGGCUGAAGACCCCCUUUAUCCGCUCCAUCCACCAGUGAAGCGAGCACUUGCAGAGGCUGUCAAUAGACUGAAAGGCCAAGGCCAUCAGGUGAUUCAGCUGAGUGCAGAGCAAGGCCACGUGGCUGAUGCCACUGAGCUAGCAUGUGAGCUAUUCAGUCUCGAGACAGACACUCCGCGAGGACAUAUCCUUGCGAGCGGAGAGCCACCGGUUCCUUCUGUAGCUGCGGGCCAUCGACCAGCCAAUUUUGGAAGCUACAAGUUUCUUCGUGAUAUUGGCAACUUGGAUAAGCUGAAGAAGUAUGCAGCUUUGAGUGUCAAGCGUCAGGAGCUGUGCGAAGACUGGCGUAAGAUAUGGUCGGAAGAGAAACUGGAUGUCGUUAUUAGCCCUGCUGCCCAGAACACAGCAGUUCCUCACGACACAUAUGGAUGGCCAGCGUACUCCGCUUUUGUCAACGUGCUCGAUUACCCGGCCUGUGUACUUCCAUUCUCGAAAGCGUCGCAGCAACUGGACCCUGAGCCUCUCCAGAUCCAGCCAGGACAGGCCGGCCCGCAUUAUGAUCCACAGAUGCAGGAUGGUGCCCCGUGCUCAAUCCAAAUAUUCACAAGCCGUAUGCGCGACGAGGAGUGUAUCAGUGCAGCUCGUAUCAUUGAGAAAUGUCUCCGCUGA